AACAAAGAUAAACAGAGUAAGGGGGGAAAGCCCAAAAAAAAGGGAAAAAAAGAAAGAAUAAAAGAUAAGAAAAUAAAAGAGGGAACAAAGAGGAGGAAGAUCAUCUCUGAUCGAAAUGGCGGCUUUGGCUGGUUCCGCCGCUCUGUUAUCUCCGUUGAUUCCCUCGCUCGCUCCUCCUGUUAAUGGUUCUUAUGGCACGAAGCUAAAGAGAAGCAUGGUAACCCCUAAGAGAGUGUCCAUGGCAACUUGGGGCAAGGUAAGAAGCAGUGGUUCUCUUGUCUGCUCUCAUCGUAAGCCUAUAUCUGCAGCAUCUCUAAGUUACAGGGGACAUUUUGGUACUUCUCCAGCGGUGCAUCGGCAUUCAGCAAUAGCUGCAGAUACAGGAUUCUCCUCCUCCCUCUUCUUAGCUGCUGCUGCCUUACCAAGCAAAGACUACCUUAACCACCAAAUCACAUACCUAACUCUCCCUCGGCAUAAAUCCACAAGAACAGUUAUCUCGAGAGCAUCGAACAGUCUACCAUACCCCUUCACCUACCCUUCGACAGACGAAGAAAAACCUCGAUGGUACUGGAGAACUCUAGCCUGCAUCCCUUAUCUAAUGCCUCUCCACAUAGUAUCAGUGUGCGCUGAGGGCGCUCAUCAGUUUCUCCCCUUCUUAGAGAACUUCUCGAUUAUGACUGACCCAGUAUCUGGUGCAUUACUCCCAAACUGGUUCAUGAUGGUUUACUGUAUCACAGUCUAUUUUAUGGUGGUCAGAAGCAAGACAUGGCCUCACUUCUUUAGGUUUCAUGUCGCGAUGGCACUGCUGCUUGAUAAUGCGAUUCAGAUUAUUAACAUUGUUGCUGGGUGGAUGCCGUAUUGGAGCAAGCUUGAUACGCCAUUCUGGACGGUUGUGGCCUCAGGGUUGCUCUACGUGAUGGUUAAGUGUGUGAUGGAUGCGCUUCGAGGGAGGCAUGCUGAUAUCCCCUUUCUAAGUGAAGCAGCUUUUAUGCACACAUAUGUUCGUUAGGAUUAGGGAGUUUUGUGUGCAGAUGUUAUUUUAGGAUUUGCGUUGUUAGUUGUGUUAUUUACUUGACUUAUUGUGUAUCAAGGAAGGAAUAUUGUUUUGCCACUGUUCUACACUACAUGUUCUUUUCGUUUUCUUCGUUUUUGUUUUUUGAAUAUAAGUUGCUUUAUUGAAUUAUUAACAUUGGCAGGUUAUAAGUUGCUUUGUUUU